GAAGUUUUAAAGAAGAGAUUGGACAGCUAUUUGUCUGGAAUGGUAUUGGGUUUCCAGCUUGGGGAGGAGCUUGGACUAGAAGACCUCCUUCCAAUUCUGUUAUUCUGUAUUUUUCAAAUCAACAAAUAAUGGAUGUCUCUGUCAUUUGCAUUAUAUGUCUCCUCCUGAAUACUAUAUAUGUUUAAAGAACCUUAGUUCCUAUACUCUAGCAGAAUUUAUAGACAAUCUUAACCCUAGAUAGCAUAUACCAUAAUGGGAAUUUCUUCCUGGGUAACAACGUAUAAGACUUUGAACAAACUGGAAGCUCGUUUUCCUUCAAUUGAUGACGUAUAUCAGCAGCACCUAGAGAAACGCCUAGUUCCAAUAUACAUUGUGAAGAAACAGAAUCUAUCAAUGGAUAUAAUUUGAACAGUGGGGACAUAACACAAAAUUGUACUGUCUGGUUUCAGUAAAGUACUGGCUUCUAUAUUUUCUAUGGUUGUAUCAGGAUAUUAUGUUAUCCUUAUGAAAUAGCUAAGCAUUAAUAAUUUUUUUCCAGUACUCUGCAAAACUAUUUGUCAGCCUCUACCAAAACAGUGAUCAAAACUAUGCUCCAGCUGAAGCCUUUAUCGCUUGCUCUUAUCCUUUUACUUGCACAUACGAUGACUGAAACUGAAGCCAAACCCAUCUCAAAGAGACAUGUUCGACGUGAUUGGCUGGUUAUUCCUGAUACAAUUGCAUUCAAUAUAUAUUCAUUAGUAAAUGAAGUGUCACCUAAUGCAGCCGAGUAUUUGUUUAAUGCUACCCAAACACCAGAUAUUCUUAAAGUAAGGAACUUCCUGAUAAGAGAAACAACUAGGCUCAGUAUACUGGCUAAACGAGUGGAAAAGACAUUAUCUAAAUUAUGGAAAGAAUCUUAACGAAUCAACACAGUGAUAACACCUACAUGAAUCUGCAAAGUAUAUCCUUGUGUUUUUGUGCAUACAACAGAUCUUUAAAAAAUUGCAAAGGGAAAUCUUUGUGAAGGACACUGAGAAAUAAAUAAGCUACACUCAGCAGGAAAAAAUUAUAAAGCUGCUUUCUUCAUAGCAAUGUUACUUGCUUCGGCUAUUGGAAAUAAUCACAAAAGAACACUUACUUCAUUAACACUUGAUUCCUGUGUUUGUGUGUGUGCUUGCCCAUCUUUUACAGUUAUGGCAAACAUUCCAUACAUUUGAAUGAUUGGGGUUCAUGAAAGCUUAUCCCUGGCCAUGGUAUUGCUAAACAAAUCUGUCAACUUUAUAAGAUGUUAUCAAUCUUUUGUUGGCUUUGUGGCAAAUGAGCAAAUGGCUAACCCUCAGGAAAUGUAAAGGAAAAAUAGGUAGUGCCUAGUUUCUAGGUAGCAUCCCAACAGGCAAGGAGCCCUGUGAUGAGCUGCGACACAGAAAAAGAGCAGAUUCAAAACUCUUCUGCACAGCAGCCUUAAUCAACGGUGGGAUUCAAUUUUUUUUACUACUGUGGGUGUGGCUUUGUGGGCGUGGCAGGGGAAGAAUACUGCAAAAUCCCCAUUCCCUCCCCACCCCUCUAACCUGUUUUCUAGCUCCAUUCUCUGGUUCAGGGCAACAAAAGAAGAUCGGCUGGGAGGCAGCAGGGUCGGGGCCAGCCUAUUUGACGAUUCUUCAAAUUACUCAAAAUGUCCACUACCGGUUCUUCAGAACCUGUCUGAACUGGCUGAAUACCACCUCUGGCAUUAAUGCACUUGUUUCUCAUGCAAAACAAUUAGGAAAUCCCUGCCCAGAUUUCAUCCUGUAUCCUAGCUUUGGCAACAAGGCUGUUCAGACAUGCAUUACCAUGAUCCCCAAUUGGCCAAUUCUUUAGCAAGAAAGCAAGCACCCAUCACUUUUCUAUCCAAGGGCAGGUUGUUAAAGCUAUAUGAUUUCCACUGAUACACUUCUGUAUGAAUCUUCCUCUACUGACUCCUCCUUGUGCUUUUCAUAUCCCUCCAUGAACCAUGAGGAAAAGAACCCAUUCUUUUACUUUUCUUGUCACGUAAGCCAGAAGGAGAAACUGGCAGAACUCUUGUCAACUUUACCUCAGAAAGACUAAACCAUCAUUGGGAGCGGGGACGGACGAUUCUUUCACAAAGGGGCAGACACUCCAAAAAUGGCCAUAAAGAGUAGCUUCCAAUAUCCAAGAGGAUGAGAGAUAUUCUUGCCAGCACACACAGUGGACCUUUGGAGCAGAAGUGUUUGAAAUGAAGUGCAGUGAACAAACCACACAGUGUCACUUCUGGCAGAAGAAGUCAGCAAUACUUUGUGUGCAGAGCAAGAAAGUACUAGAAGCUACGUCACAGUAGACCAGGCAAUUGGAGCCUUAUAUUAUACAUGAUGAUCUUUGAGAAAGAGCUUAUGGGCUACCUUUUUAUGAGGCAGAGAGAACAUGCAGAUGAACCAGAGUGAGAGAUAAAGAAGGAACAGGAAAAAAAUUAAUUGGCAUCUCUCUGUCCCUUGUGCUCAGUACGUUGGGACAUGCAGAAAGAUCACUGUGAUUCAAAAUACACUUUCAAAAUUGUAUUUGUUUCAUUUAUAUUCUGCUCUUCAUUUAAAGAUUGCUUCAUAUAUUAAAUGUCUUUUAAAGUAUGUUUAAUAUAUAUUGUUGGAGUCUCAGGUUAUUGUAUACAAUAAGUUCUUUUUUUUUGCCAUUGCAAAACCAUUGCAUUUAAUGUGGAAAAACAAGUCUUUAAUUCAUAUAGAUUCCAUAUGUUUUGUUUAGAAUUUUAGUCAUUAUUUAGAAAAGACAUAUUUUCCCCAUAUCAGUACGUAUCAAUGGGCUGAGAAUCCAAAAAGUUGGAGUAACCUAAGUCUGGUGUCUUAAUCACUAAACCGAAUUGUCUCUCAUUACCUUCUUCAGGGUUGCAAAACCAUUACAACAGUCCAGAAUGAUUGCUCUGAAGAAACUAUUUUUUUAAAACUCCAAAACCAUAUUUCCUAGCAGUUUGUCAGCAGUCUCUCUUUCUGCAGAUGCCAUAGCUCUGAAGCCAUGUGAUGCAUGACACUGAAGCUGGAAAUUGCUCUUAAUCAGAUUGAGGCUCCAAUUUUGUAAAAAAAAAAAAAAAAAGGUUGUGGAAUCUUGAAUUUGCAUUCUUCAAAGUCACAGGACUUCAUUUUUCAAAAGCAUAAAGGACUUUAAAAGUCAAAAUCAAUUGCAGCCUCUGUCCAGACAUCUGAGAAUUUAUAUCGAGAACCUCUUUACUAAUUGACAUAUAACUGGCCUCCUUGAGAAGACUAUGUUCUGCAGUUGGGAAAUUAUACCUUUUCUCAGUUGCAGACCAAUAGUUACCCUUACAUGCAUGGAUUUAAUGGGGUUUUUUUAUUUUCAUCUGGUAAACAGCUUUUCUUGACAGGAUUAGUAAGAAGCAUAUAGCGCUCUAGUAGGGAACUUGUGGUCUGGUGGUGUGGUGGAAUCUGAUGCUGAGCUACCAGAGGAGAAAAUAAAAAGAAAUCUUGAACCAUUGCUGUGCAGGAAGUGGCCCAGGAGGGAUCCUCCCUAAUUUCUUUUAGCAUUUAUCAGAUAGUUAUGCAGAGUAUGCUUUAGUCUUGUGAGAUUUUGUCCAUGGGUGACCAUGCAAUAAAGAAACUUCUUGAACUUUUACAUAAAUAUCUACAUGAAACCACUGGGUGAGAUCAUUCGACGGCACGGGAUAAA